AUGAGGGCGCCCGCGCUGCUGCCGCCGGCGCUGCUGACCUGCUGUGGCUGGCUGCUCGCCCCCGUGACCAGUGUUCACCCAGAAUGUCGAUUUCAUCUGGAAAUACAGGAGGAAGAGACAAAAUGUACAGAGCUUCUAAGGACUCAAACAGAAAAAUACAAAGCCUGCAGUGGUGUCUGGGACAACAUUACGUGUUGGCGCCCUGCGGACAUAGGCGAGACCGUCACAGUGCCCUGUCCUAAAGUAUUCAGCAAUUUUUACAGCAAACCAGGAAACAUAAGCAAAAACUGUACAAGUCAUGGGUGGUCAGAGAUGUUUCCAGAUUUCAUAGACGCCUGCGGCUAUAAUGAUGCCGAGGACGAGAGCAAGAUUACGUUCUACAUUCUGGUGAAGGCCAUUUACACGCUGGGCUACAGUGUCUCUCUGAUUUCCCUUACAACCGGAAGCAUAAUUCUUUGCCUCCUCAGGAAGCUGCAUUGCACCCGGAACUACAUCCACUUGAACCUGUUCCUCUCCUUCAUCCUCCGAGCCAUCUCAGUGUUGGUCAAGGACGAUGUGCUAUAUUCCAGCUCGGGCACACUGCACUGCCCCGACCAGCCAUCCUCCUGGGUUGGCUGCAAGCUGAGCCUCGUGUUCUUCCAGUAUUGCAUCAUGGCAAACUUCUACUGGCUCCUGGUGGAGGGGCUAUACCUCCACACCCUGUUGGUGGCCAUAUUCUCCCCCAGCCGACGCUUCGCAGCCUAUCUCCUGAUUGGAUGGGGCAUCCCCACCAUCUGCAUAGGGGCGUGGACUGCAGCCCGGCUCUCCUUAGAAGACACAGGUUGUUGGGAUACCAACGACCACAGUGUUCCCUGGUGGGUAAUACGGACACCAAUUUUAAUAUCUAUCAUAGUCAAUUUUGUCCUUUUUGUUAGUAUCAUACGAAUUUUACUGCAGAAGUUGACGUCCCCAGAUGUCGGCGGCAAUGACCAGUCACAGUAUAAGAGGCUCGCCAAGUCCACACUGCUGCUCAUCCCGCUGUUUGGAGUUCACUACAUGGUGUUUGCCGUGUUUCCUAUUGGCAUCUCCUCCAAAUAUCAGAUCCUGUUUGAAUUGUGCAUCGGAUCAUUUCAGGGCCUGGUGGUGGCGGUUCUGUACUGUUUUCUCAACAGUGAAGUGCAGAGCGAGCUGAAAAGGAAGUGGCGCAGCCUGUGCCGCAGCCAGCCCUGCGGCUGGGACUGCAGGCUCCACAGCUUGUCCGUCUCAAGGAACGGCUCGGAAAGCGCCCUGCAGUUCCACCGAGGCUCCCGCGCCCCGUCCUUCCUGCAGACAGAGACCUCGGUCAUCUAG